AUGAAAAAUAUACAUUCGAAAUUAGUUUCUGUAGUAUAUAAGGAUUGAUCUUUAGAAGAGACUUUACAGAACGGUGGAUUCACAAAAUGGCGACCAAAUUGAUCCUUUUAUUUAUUGCCCUAUUCGGCGCUGCCCAAAGCAAUCCUAUAGGGCCGACUACAAUUUACGAACACAUACCGAAUGUCGUCAGUCCAGGAUCAACCACCGUCUGUGAAUCUGCCCCCAACCUCGUCGGCUAUGGCUUGAACCCCAUGGGAAUGAACAUGAUGCCAGGUGGAGCAACAACUGUUUGUGAGACUGCAACAAACUUUCCAUAUGGUCUUGGCUCUUAUACACCAUAUCCUUCAUUGCCAGGUGGAGCAACAACUGUAUGUGAGACUGCCCCAAAUUUCCCCUACGGUCUUUCUUCCUAUACACCAUUCAAUCCUUUACCAGGCGGGGCAACAACUGUGUGUGAGACUGCCCCAAAUUUCCCCUACGGUCUUUCAUCCUAUACAACAUUCAACCCUUUGCCAGGCGGGGCAACAACUGUAUGUGAGACUGCCCCAAAUUUCCCCUACGGUCUUUCUUCCUAUACACCAUUCAAUCCUUUACCAGGCGGGGCAACUGUAUGUGAAACUGUUCCGAAUUAUCCGUAUGCCGUUUCCGCCUAUUCCCCCUUCAAUCCCGUGACAGCUGGAGCGACAACUGUCUGUGAGACCGCACCAAAUUACCCAUUUGGUCUCACCCAGUAUGGCCAGUUCGCAACAGUGCCGGGCAGUACAACGGUUUGUGAAUCUGCCCCAAAUAUUGGUUUGCCUGGAUUCAAUACAUUCGGUAUAGCUCCAUUGUACGAUGCUGUGAACUAUUAUAAUUUGCCAUUGUCUGCACCCGGUAUGGCAACGGUUUGUGAAACUGCUCCCAAUAUGUAUGGAUCCCCAUAUGGUGUACUUGGAGGCGUGCCCUAUGGCGUUGGGAAAGGACUGCAAAUGCUUGGAGGCUUGGCAUAUGCCGUAUGAUCUAAUUCGAAACAUAAAUAUUAAUAACACAGUUUGUGUAUAAAGAAAAGUCUCAGUCAAUUCAAGCAAAUUAAAAAAAAAACUGUCGUUCAUCUCUUUCUAUUUGGAACUUUGGACAAAAUUAUUAAAAUCAAACAAUUAUUUUAUUUUUGUUUUCGAGGUUAUCGAAUUUGUUAUCGUAAUUCUAAAUACAGAUAAUACAUAUCAAGUAAAAAAAUACCGUUUUUAUUUUCUAAAUCGAACUGAUUGUGAUAAAGUUAUAAAUAAAGCAAUGAACGUCAGAAUACCAAAAAAAAAGAGAAUUAUUUUGUAAAAAUUUGUAUCGUUAUAUAUAAAUCAUUGGAUUAAAUUUAUUUAUUUAUUUCA